AUGCGCCAUAGGGAGUAUCUUAAGAAAAAAGCUGUUCAAACAAAAUCUAAACUAUAUCAUGACGCUUAUAAAAAACAGCGCAAUGAGUUAAAUAAAUUGAUUAAGAAAACUAAAGCUGAAUAUUUUAAAAAUAAACUUAACAGUUGUGAAAGAAAUCCUAAAGAAAUGUGGAAAACAAUAAAUAGGUUAACUAACAAAACUUCUAAAACAACCAAUAUCACUGAAAUUAAUCAGAACGGUAAACGCAUAACCGACGACCAUACAAUUGCAAAUACAUUAAAUGAGUAUUUCAGUGAAGUUGGACCUCAACUUGCUGCCAAUCUAUCUCAAAGUUUGGAAUCACCUGAGUCGUAUUAUUUAGCACGCUGA